GUUUUAGAAUUGUCUGUUGGGUCUGCUAGUGCCCAGGAUCUGGGCAUUGAUAAAAUGGUUAACAAAUUCUUCAUGGAACUAACAAAGAGUGUAUCCAAGCUACCAGCAUCAGUGAAGGAGAGCAUUUAUGUGAUUUUGGGACUUCUAGCUGAGAUAUACCCAGAACACAUGACUGAGUAUGCCAGUAAACUAACAGACAUAUAUCUUAGAGCCCUUAAAGCAGAGAUGACUAGUAAAACAAAGAAGCCCGAGUUGGCAGUGAUCAGUGGUUGUCUGGAGGGUCUGGCCAGCUGCCUUGUCAAUUUCACAGUGGACGAAGACUCUUCAAAUAGUUAUGAAAUAUUCAAAUAUGCUCGAAUGGCCAUAGAUCCUGAUAUAAACUAUACUCGCUAUGAUGUCCCUAGAGCCGGACUUAAACUGUUCGAGAGACAUUCUGCCCAGUUUAGAUCCCAUUUGGCAGAGGAUUAUCAGGGUAUGUAUAACAAACUAAAAAGCUGGAGUAAGCACAACAAUAGAGAUCUGCUUCAUCUGGGGACUGCAGCCAUGGAGGCCUUUUUAAAUCAGAUAUCAGAAGUUCUAGUAACCAAAGCCAAAGAAGGAAAGAGGGAAGGGGCUGUGUUUAAGUUUUUUGUGACAAAGUUUCGAGAAAUUAUGAAUGACAGUUCCGCAAGUUCUAAAGAGCUGUCCUUAGCUAUCAGAGGAUAUGGCUUGCUGGCAGCACCAUGCAGAGAGUUCCUGGAGCAGACUGAUGUCCAGUUUAUGUUCAGUGAGAUGAUGACUAAGAGUGAACAACUGUAUCUGAGCUCAGAGAAAGCAGAUGUAGAGGAUAAACUUUACAGCUUACCAAGCUACCUUGAGGCUUUGGCCAAUAUCAUCAGAGAGCUAGACCAUGUACCAGAAACCUAUGCCACAUCCAUUGAACGACUGAUGAUCAUCCUGGCUGAAAAUUUUCCCACAAUUCAUCAGAAGCAGCAUUUCAUGGCAGUGAAGUCCUUACUGUGGGUGCUGAUAACACUUAUGCCAAAAGGAGAAGUGUUUUCCCAAGUUCUGAGUGGAUUUGUGUACCAAAUGCUGAUCCGAACCUGCUCCCAUCCACCAGUGAUUGAAACAGAAGACAUGACAGAGAACAAUCAGUCAGAACAGAUGGGAAACAAGGUGACCUACAAGGACUUCAUUGAAAUGUGGGACACUCUCUUCAACAGCCCCAGGAUCAAGGAAUUCAGUGUAGCUGAUAUCAGUGUAGAAAUGAGACUGGCCCUCACAGAAGAGAUCUACAACAAACUGAUAGAAUCCUUACUGAAGAUGCUGGGCAAGCUAGACCUGACAUCACAGUCCAGCACUGAAGUCGCACAACAACAGGAAGGGACAAGUGCUGAUGACCCAGAGGAAGUGUCCAGUGACCCACUUCAUGGAAUACAACCCAGCAAACCCAAAGACUUCCAGAUCUUCAUAAACCUUGUAGAUUUUUGCAGGGAGGUCCUUCCAGAGAAGCAUUAUGGGAUGUUUGAGAAAUGGCUGUUUCUGUUUUGCCACACCCUGAUUCUUCAGUCUACGGAAAAGCCUUUGGUCAGUGGAUACUAUAAAUUGUUGGCUGUCUGUAUGAAGAUUGCAAAUAAACUGAAUUACUUUCAGGGUAUGGUCAGUCUUUCCCCUGUGAAGAAAGAAAUAAAAAUGGAGGUGGAUUCUGAUCAAAAGACAGACAUCCAUCAGAAGGCUACCUGUUUCCAGCUCAUUCAGAAAUUCACCAAGGAGGUCCUUGUUAGAAUGAAGCAGUACAAAGAUGACCUGCUGGCUGCCUGUCUGACCUUUAUCUUAACCCUACCCAAAGAAAUUGUCUCAGAGCAAAUGUCCAGUGUGGUACCAGCUAUACAGUUGACAUUGUCGAUAGGUCUGGGUUAUCUGCCCCUAGCUAUGAUUGCGUUAGAUGCCCUGAACUACUGGUCAGACACCCUGCCCCCCUCUGUUAUACAACAGUACUACCCUCAGAUUUUGCCAUGUCUGAACAGCUACCUCAAAACUGUGGAUCAGGGAGCUGAUGAUGUGAGUGUCAAUACUAUGGAAAUGGGGAAAGGAAAAAGUGGGAAAGGUAGAAAGAAAUUGUCUGUAAGAAUCGUCAAAGGACCCAAGACUGAAACCAAACAGGUUUUUCAGACUCAGUUGGCAGAAGUGAAACAGAGGGUGAUGAAUUACUUAGGGAGACUGGGGGGAGAGGUGAAUCAUGCCCUCCUGUCAGGGAGUGAUGUUUGUGAGGAGGCCAUCUCAUGGGACACAGAACAGCAUCUCAGAUUUGAUGUGCCGUUUAUUGACAUGAAGCCUCAGAUAUAUUUUGAUCCAUUUCUGCCUCGUAUUGUGGAGCUGGCCACUAAAUCAGGAGACAGACAGACAAAGGUAGCGGCCUGUGAACUGCUUCACUCCCUUAUACUGCUCAGUGUGGGGCGCAGCGCUACAACUCCGGGCAGGGAGCGAUUCUCAAUGGCCCCCAUCUACAAAAAAAUGUUUCCCAGCAUCCUCCAGUUGGCUUGUGAUGUAGAUUUGGUGACCAAACAGUUGUAUGAGCCAUUGCUGAUGCAGCUAAUCCACUGGUUUACAAAGAACAACAAAGCAGAGAGCGAGGAAUCUAUGGCAUUACUGGAUGCCAUCUAUGAUGGUAUUAUUCAGCCAAAUGACACAGCUUUGAGGGAUUUUUGUGCAGUCUGUCUGAGAGAGUUCCUGAAGUGGUCCAUCAAACAAUCUAAAAAUGUUGAAAAGAGUCCCAUCAAUGCUAAGUCCCUGCUGAAGAGGUUAUACAGUUAUGCACUUCAUCCUGGAGCCUUCAAGAGAUUGGGAGCAGCCCUGGCAUUUAAUAACAUCUACACAGUGUUCAGAGAGGACAAUGCCAUGGUGAACUUAUACACUUUCCAAGUAUUGGUACAUUUUGUAGAGAGUUUGGCCAUUGCUCAUGAGGAUGAAUUAUCAUUGGGCACACAGACACAGUGUAAGCUGGUCUUAGAACACAUGGAGAGGAUCAUGAAAGUGAAAGCUGCUGUUCUAAGCAAGGAAGAUAAAAACAGAACUGAGCCCAAACAGUGGAGUGUCCGUAAGUUAGACAUUGCCGUCCGCUGGCUGAUGAGACAGUGCGGUCGCCCCCAGACAGAAUGUAGACAUGCCUGUAUGAAGCUGGUUCAUCAGUUAGCUCCCUGUAUUACAGGUAUCAAGUCAACCAAAGACUAUUUCCAGACAUUUUAUAAGAGUGAAAAGGCAGCUUAUUUUAUAAUAAGAUUUGAGGGUAAGCAGCAGAAGUACGGCUUGUUGUCCUGUCCUGAGAUGACCGCUAUUGAUUCCUCAUUCUCCAUACAGAAUGCCGUGUCCUGGUUUGACCAUUAUUUGGCCGCUCUAGACUGCUACAUCUGGACAUUUGGAGAACAGCUGCUCACCCCUGAUGAUAUUUUCCAAGGUGAUGGACAGAAACAGAGCAGGCUGUUCCAGGCCAUGCAGCACUUCUUGGGUAAGGUUGUGAUGAAGGACGUAGAGGAAGUAGCUGGGAUGUUUCCACACGAACCACUGACUGAUGUCUACACUCCUAAAGAAAAGGAUGAAUACAACAGGACUAAAUGUACAGCCGUGGUGAGGACACUGGAUUUCUUCUGUAUCUUAGUGGCCAGAAGUCCUUCCAUAAAGAAGUUGCUGCCCCCUGGAGUACUGGGUGAGGACCUGUGGUACCUGAUCUGUAUGUGUGUUGUCCAUCCUUCAGUGGUGGGGUUCAACCUAGGGGAUGUGGAGAUCAUCAAAAAUCUACCUACAGAGAUGGAAAACUUGCUAAAAGUAUUCAGUGCAAAGCUGCCAGGAGACAUCUUGACAGAGAUGUGCAAACAGAUUGGAUCCCUGCUGCAAGGAGACAGAGACUUGUUAGGCUUGCUGAGUAGAUCUCUGGAUGAUCCCUCUACAGAUCAUGUGUUCCUACAACAGUUAGUGUCAGGCUACCAGCUUCUACACACUGUGGGAUUGCUGAGUAAAAUCCUCAAAGGGACAUCACUACCAAAUCUGGCCAACUCUCUAUUUGAUUUUGUCCACAAGAGUUUGAUUUGUGUGGAGGGAGGAACCAAACAAUCAGUGACCCUGUCCCCCACAGCACAUGUCACGGCCACCAGGUUACUGGAGCUCUCCUUCUGUCUGGGGGUGCAGAUUAAGAAGGUUAUUUCUGGGAUCCUCGACCAGUCCAUGGUAGAGGGGACAGCUAAGGGUUUCUCUCAGAGUCACGGAGAGCUCCUGUUUACAGCUUUCAAAUCUACGAUGUCAGUACAUUUGGCCAAAGUUAUGAGUGAGACAGUUCCUGUUCUUUGUGAGCAUGCUCAGAAGCAGAGUUACCGAGUGAUGAGUAUCAUGGUUACCGUUGUUGACACUGUAUCCAAGGACAAAAACCUCAGAAAACAGAUUGGUCCAAAUGUCGUUACAUCUGUGGUCAAGCAUUGGAAAUCUAUCUCUGUCUGGUGCUUAGCAACCACCGAUUUACACAGUAUGGCCAUGUUACUACUCACCAAACUGGUGCUCCUGGACAGCAAGGUGGUAACUGACACCGGUAGUAAACACUUUGAAGAAGUAUUUGACACCUAUCUCAAGAUGUUAACAGAAACCAAAACAACUUUAUCUGUUAAGUGCAGAAUGCUAGAACUUUUGCCAUUUUUUGCCAUACUACAAGAACCACACUUGAAAAAACUGAAGCAAAGCUUGAACAGACUUGUGGCAGACCAUUUUCCAGUGAAGAGCACCGAUCUCCCAGAAUCCAGUCCUCAGUUCAAAGACUACAUUGCUGCAGUAGACAGGUUGCUGACCAGUCUGGAGUUGUCAGGGAGUGAGAUGUUGUUGGAACUCCUGAUCAGCAUCUUCUGUAGAGAAACCAAACAUGUGCACGAGACAAGGAUACAGGAAUCCAUCAACAGGUUCACAAAAAGGUUACCAGCAGCCAAGCAGAAGUCUGCCGUGGACGUGGCCUAUAAUAUUUUUUGUCAGGAGAAGCGGUACCCUGCAGAAGUUAGGAGGAUCACUAUAGAGAAGGUGGCCCUCCCGCUACUGAGACUGGUCCACAAGUCCGCCCUGAUCGAGUUCUUCACUGACCACAUGAAUGACCUCAGAGCAGCAGUAGAAGCUAAACUUUCCAAGGGCCCUGGGCCGGAGAACCAGUUAACAUCCAAACUCUGCAGUUUUCAGCUGCUGGAAUUAAUGUACGGUCGACUGAGUAAGGAGGAGGUGUUUGGUAAAAGCUCAGCUUUAAACAAGAAAUUCUGUGAUGUGAGGUGUGAAUCGGUGGAUACAGGCAAAGAAAUGACUCAAAUCAUAAUGAAGACAGCACAUGCAGCUAAGGGUGAGGAUGAGGGGGAGACUAGCUGUACAGAACUGAGGAGACAGUACCACUGUGCUGCCUAUAAUCUGCUGAUAGCCAUACUCUCCAGUACACAGAAUGAAGCCAAGUUCUACACCGCAUUCCUCUUCAAGGAGGACGAGGCCAAGGGACAGUUUGUUUAUGACAACUUGGUUGACAAGGAAAAAUCCUAUGAAUUUACAUCAGAACUGAAGGCACCUUUGUCUAGAAAGAAGCAGUAUGUAUCCAUAAGGAAUGAAGUGAAGGAUAGUGAACUACAGAAUGGGGAGGCAGAGGGAGGGACCAGCUCCUCCCUUCAUUUGGCCUCUCAGUACCUGGCAGACAGCAGUCUGAGUGAAGACCUCAACCAGUAUGACUUCACAGCUACACCCCAGAUGUCAGAAGGAUCACAGAAGGAAAAAGUGCUGACUGUUCGUAAAUCUAGCUACACUGAUGAAGAGGAUGAUUCUGACACUAAGGUGAUGGUAGAAGAGGACUAUGUGGAGCUGGAGAUGGAUGACCUCAAUCAACACGAGUGUAUGGCCACCAUGAUAGCUCUCCUCAAACAUAUGCAGAGGGCCAAGAUCAUCCCACUGGUGGAGUCGGGUGUGGUACCAGAACUACCAGCCUGGAUGAAAUGUCUUAAUGAUAAAUUGAAGAAUCCAAGGACCCACAUUAACAUCAAAUAUUUCAUUGCCAAACUCAUCAUUAAUACUGCUGAGAUAUUCCGCCCCUAUGCCAGAGACUGGAUCCGCCCGCUGACACAACUAAUCAUCAGUGGCCCCUUCACCAGCCUUAACUACUUUGUUAUAGAUAUAAUAGUCACCAUAAUGUCCUGGCAUCAAGUAGCCAUUCCACAGGACACAGUUGAGGACCGUGCCAUGUCCAGUCGUCUGGUAGAGUUUGUGAUGGGCUACGUGUAUAACGAUACCAGACCUGUGUACCGUAAUAACCUAGAGCUGCUGAAGACCCUACUACAGGUGUGGAAGGACCGUGUGGAGGUACCUUACAG